CUGUGACACACAUAGAGCAGCAUGGCUGAUGAACCUCCAGUGAAGAAAAAUAAACCAAAUACACCCUCAGAUAAAAAGAGCGAAGAGAGAAUAGACUGGAGGAAAUGGAAAGAACAAAAGAAAGAAGAAAAGAGACAAUGGAAAGAGCACAAACUCCUCCAACAGCUGGAGAAACAGAAGCUGAAGCAGAAGAAAGAAGAGGAGGAAAUUGAGCAGCAGGUUGAACAGGAAGAGAAGGAAAGUAAAGGUCGUUCAUAUACGUUGACCGUGGCUUUGCCCGGUUCAGUGUUGGAUAAUGCUCAGUCACCAGAGCUGCGUACGUACCUGGCGGGUCAGAUCGCCCGGGCCUGUGGUGUGUUCUGUGUGGAUGAGGUGGUCAUAUUCGAUGAGCGGGGGGAGGACGCAAAGAGCGUUGAGGGAGAGUUCAAAGGCGUUGGUAAGAAAGGCCAGGCCUGUGUUCAGCUCGCACGCAUCUUGCAAUACAUCGAGUGUCCACAGUAUCUGCGGAAAUCUUUCUUCCCGAAGCAUAAAGACCUGCAGUUUGCCGGUGUGUUAAAUCCUCUGGACAGCCCACAUCACAUGCGAAUCGACGAGGAGGCGGAGUUUCGAGAAGGGGUGGUGCUCGAUAAGCCGAGCAAAUCGGGAAAAGGGUCCUUCGUCAAUUGUGGGAUGAGGAAGGACGUUCAGAUUGAUAAACAGUUACAACCUGGACUGAGAGUGACUGUACAGCUCAACAAGAACCAAAACAAAGAGGGGAAACAGUGUAAAGGUGUUGUUGUGGCUCCUCACGUCCCAAGGACAGAGGGUGGGCUGUACUGGGGCUACAGUGUCCGUCUAGCUUCCUGUCUCAGUGCUGUGUUUACAGAGUGUCCGUAUAAAGACGGAUAUGAUCUGACCAUUGGUACAUCAGAGAGAGGAAGCAACGCAGAUCACGUCACUCUUUCUCCGUUCAAGCACAUGUUGGUGGUGUUCGGUGGUCUUCAGGGUUUGGAAGCGAGUGUCGAUGGUGAUGAGAAUCUGAACAUCACUGACCCCAGCCUGCUCUUUAACCUUUACCUCAACACAUGUCCUGGGCAGGGCAGUCGCACCAUCCGCACAGAGGAGGCCAUAUUGAUCAGUUUAUCAGGACUCAGGCAGAAAAUCGCAGCUGUAUUUCCUGACCAAUCCAAAGGAUGACCACAGGAAGUACAUUUAUUGGACCAUAGGAAAUACAGCUGUCAAGACCUUAUCAGUGUACAUGUUUGUGAAUCAUUUUGUAUUGAAAUAUCAAUUUGUAUCAGUGAACUGUCAUGAAUAUUGUUUAUAACCUUAAACAAACCAUGAAACUCAAGUCUGUUUUCAAAUGUAUACAUUUAUUUUUUUAAGACAGGCAUGUCAAGAACAUUCAUAAUGAGAAACGAGCAAAACAAUCAGCUCAUAUCACUGCAGUCAUGAGUAAUAAUCAUCAUCAUCACAAUACAUACUGAUUUCAGCCUGCAACCCUGUGCAGAAAUAAUACAAAUGCCCCAGAUGGUUAUUACCCACAAUCCCUCUGCUCUGGUGCUCGGGCAGAUGGUCGGUUUUAAAUAAUGAAAUGAAGACACAUUCUCUGUUAUGGGUGAUAAUUAAAAUUAUUAUCAAGCAGGACUUGAAAAUGAACGAAGAAAAUGCUGCUUCUCAUGCUUGUUGAUUUUUUUGACACUGGAUGAAUAGAGGCAACAGAAGCAUCAUAUGUUGAUGCAUAUUCAACUCAAAAGAAUAGUUCACCCCAAAAUUAAAAUAUGCUUAGCUUCAGACCAUUCAAGAUACAGAUGAGUUGUUUCUUCAUCAGGUUUGGAAAAAUAUAGUAUCAUUUAUACACUUGCAGUGAAUGGGUGCUGUCAGAGUAAGAGUCCAAAUGGCUGAUAAAAGCAUCACAAUAAUCCACAAAUCCAUAAUCUAUAAUAACCCUUCCUCCAGUGAAAAAAGUCAUCUUGUCUGAAUCGGGAGAGAAAUAUGCACAAUAGGCAUUACUAUGAUGCUUUUAUCAGCUGUUUGGACUCUCAUUCUGACGGCACCCAUUCACUGCAGAGGAUCAAUUGGUGAGCAAGUGAUGAAAUGCUACAUUUCUCCAAAUCUGAGAAACAAACUACAUCUUCGAUGGCCUGAGGAUGAGGACAUUUCCAGCAAAUUUUAAUUUGUGUGUACUACCCCUUUAAUGCAAAUUAAUCAGAGCGGUUGUAUUUAUGGGUUUUUUGUACAACUCGAAGGCAAGACAUUCAAAGCAGCACGUACGUUACCCAGACUACCACUACCCAUCACCAACGACAACUUGAGUUCUCCAAUGAAAGCACAGUGCCAGAAACAGCAUCCAAUGAGAGCAGAGCAUUUACAACAGUCAUAAUGAAAUACUCAUUUGGAAACAGAAGCGAGUUCUAGUGUAAUAGCUAAUGUGUGUUUAUACACUAACAGCUGUAGCCAGAGAAAUUCAAGUCGUACAACUGAUCAAUAACAUUACAACUACUUGGUAAAAAGUCUGAAUAAAUUGAAAGGCCUCUAUACACCGCUGACACACUUUACCCGGCGACACAGUAUGUUUGUGAUUGUUGGUGUUGAGUAUGAAUAUAGUAUAUUUUGUUUACUUCUUGGGUUAUAUGAUACGUCCAGGUCAUAUUUCAGCCCACAAUUAAAAGAAAAGAAAUAAAAAUUAUAUUAUAAAGUGGAUAGUUCCGGUCCUUGAUUCUGAUUGGUUGAGCCAUGUUUUAAGCGGUUGUAAAUUAAUCUACAAACAUACACCUUUGUUUACGUCUGUGCGUUGCUCAGCAACCACUUUGUUGCAACUACAACCGUUACUAAGGAACUACAUUGUUUAGCGGAAGAAUAGUGUUUUUAGUAAUAUCAU